UUCCUGUAGGCUAGAGAUGCUUACUGGCUCAAGUCUAGUGGCAGCCUCAGUAACACGUCCCCUUGGAGACUAGCAGGAACAACACGUGAUGCGUCUUACUUAUCAGGUUUAGGGGAGAGGAGAGAGCAGCGCUUUGGGGACGGUCAGAGAGGAAAGCGAAGUUAAGUGUUUUCCUCUCGUCUCUCAACUCUUUCUUCUAUCUUCCUCUUUAGGAAUUUGGAAGAAAGAGUGGGGAACAAAGUUGUCGAACUUUGCACAUCCUCAGAAACGCCAUUUUGAUUCCUCUCCGGAACAACUUUGCAGCUUCUUUUUUUUCUUAGCCCAUCAUCACCAUUCACCAUCAUCAGUAUGUCUCGGCGCAAGCAGCCCAACCCCAACAAAGUCAAACUGUGAGCAGUGGGUGCUGACACUCGAGGUGGGCAGGCAGGCAGGCUGUCGUCCCCCCAGCCCCCCCUCAGCUCCGAGCCCAGCCGCGUUUUUGCCCUGGUCUCUGGACGGUUCACACCAUCUGCGGUUCCGUUGAGCCGUAGAAGCAAAUGCUGGCCCAGCGUUCGGCUCGCCAGUCCGACUGUGGGAUGGUGAUGCUCCGCUAAUGAAAGAACACAAAUCCAAGGCUAACCUUGAGAUCUGCCGUUAGCAGUGAUGGAGAGCGCCACAGAGGACAAGCGUCAGGGGGGAGGGGUGAGUGCCCUGCUGCGCACUGGAGAGGCGGAGCCGUCUCUCGAACGGGAAGUCCCCGCCUCCACACACACAGAGGAUCAUCACACAGGGAGUAACGGAGCGGUGGAGGAGGAGGAAGGAGGCUUGUCGGGAGAAAACGACGAUGGAGAGAAAAUGACGGAAGAGGAGGGCGAGGGUGUGGACUUGUCAUCCAUCAACGCCAUGAUGACGGCUGUGAUGAACGUGACACAGCUCAACGGAAGCAUGGAGCCUUCCUCGGCCCCCGCCGCCACGCCCCAACCACCCUCCAGGAAGACCACACCCCCCACGCCCCCAAAUGUCAACCGCAACGGCCGGAGGAACACUGAAGCCAAAGACCCCAAUCCAGAUUUCAUUUGUCCCCUGUGUGACAAGAACUGUAUGACCCAACACCAGCUUACCAUGCACAUCAGACAGCAUAAUGCUGACACGGGGGCGACAGACCACUCCUGCAGUAUCUGUGGGAAGUCCCUGAGCUCAGCCAGCUCCCUGGACCGCCACAUGCUGGUGCACAGCGGAGAGAGGCCCUACAAGUGUUCCUUCUGCGGACAGACCUUCACCACCAAUGGCAACAUGCACAGACACAUGAAGAUCCAUGACAAAGACUCCGCCGCCCUUGUUCCCAUCAGCCCCCCUUCACCCACCAAAAGACGUCGCCCCUCUGCAAAGAGAAGGGCCUGCAUGGAGGACGACGCCGAGCGAGGCGAUGAGCCUCCCAGCAAAAAGGUGCAAGAGGACAAUACAUUGGAGGAGCUGGGUUCAGGUCGUGGUGACGACGAGCUGCUGCCAUGUCCUAUCUGCUUCAAGACCUUUGGCUGCAAGUACGACCUGGAAGUCCACAUGGAAACCCACCCUGACACCACGCUAAGGUGUGACCGGUGCUGCCUCUCAUUCCGGACCCAUCGUGGCCUGCUUCGCCACAAUGCCGGGAUUCACAAGCAGCUGCCCACGGACCCUGAGGGACGGCCUUUCAUCCAGAACAAUCCUUCCAUCCCUUCGGGCUUCAAUGACCUGGCGUUUAUAGAUUUCUCAUGCCACAAGUUCCCCAACAUCGCCCAGGUCUGGUGUGAGACCAACCUCCGACGGUGUGGCAGCAAGUUCCACCGUUUUGUGUGCGAGGCUUGCGACAAAGCCUUCCCCCUACGCCAGGCCCUGGACCUGCACAAGACCACCAUUCAUCAGCAGCAGCAGGCAUCACCUGUAGGGGGUGCCCAGGAGACCCCCACAGCUGAGGAGAAGUCUGAAACCAUGGCACCAGCCCCUAAGCAGGCAAGCUUCCUAGAGUCUCUGGGUCUGCAGCAUAUCACCCAGGUCAAGCCCCGGCCUUCCGAGGACGAGGUCCGGCAGGCAGAGCUGGACAGCAUCCGGGUCAUCCACGUGGAGCCUCCGGCCUCCACCCUGCCCCAGGAGGCAGCUUCCGCUGCAGGCUUCCCGGGCGGACUGGGCUUGGUGGCUGCCUCAUCCCUGCAGGGGCUAUCGCAGAGGGAAGCCCUCAGCCUGCUCUCCCUGCAGCCCUUCUCUACAGGCUUCCUGUUCCAGCCGGAUGGCAGCACUGCCAUAAAGCCGGUGUGUGGCGAGGCUGGCCUAAUGGAGUUCGCUGACAUCCAGCAAAUCCUGAAGGUGGCCUCGGCCGCCCCAGGUCAGAUAGGCCUCCUGCCGCCCCUGGCCAAGGCCCCGCACUGGGAAGUGUCUGGACAAGUCCAAGCGGCCGGCUGCAAGCCCAUGCCCCCGCUGAAGCCCAAGCCCAUGGUGGCACCGCGCUCCAGCCUGGCCGCCUCCACGCCGCCGCCCCUCCAGAGCACCCAGCAGGCCUCCCUGGGCUGCAUCAGCCCCAGCCUGCCCCCGCCACCUAGCCAACUGAAGAUGCCCAGGGAGUCUACGUCAUCGUCGUCCUCUUCCUCUGGCAGCCAGGCCUCCCUUGAGAAGAUGCAGAUGGAGGCGGACUGCAUGGGCGACGCCCACAUGCCCAACGACAUGACCGAGCUUCAGAUCAAACAGGAGGAGGGCCAGGCAGCUGGGGGAAAGAAGGGGGCGGGCGGGUCCAAUCGCGGGGGCGCCAAGGCCUCCUACCCCUGCCGCUUCUGUGACCAGGUGUUUGCCUUUUCCGGAGUCCUGCAGGCGCACAUGCGCUUCCACCUGGGCAUCCUGCCGCACCAGUGCAACAUCUGCGACUACGUGGCACCGGACAAGGCCACGCUCAUCCGCCACCUGCGCACGCACAGCGGCGAGCGUCCCUACGUGUGCCGGGUCUGCCACUACCCGUUCACCGUCAAGGCCAACUGCGAGCGCCACCUGCGCAAGAAGCACAUGAAGAACACGCGCAAAGAGAUUGAGAAGAAUAUCAAGUAUGUCUCGUCGACCAGCACCCAGGAUCCCUUGGAGCUUGCUGCCGCUGGCGACACCGCCUGUCGCUUCUGCGGCGAGGAUCUGAAGACUUACCGGGCUCUCCAGAUUCACCUGCGCACCCACAACGGCUGCCAGCGGAAGCCCUUUGAGUGUAGGCGCUGUGGCGCAGCUUUCCUGGCCAAGAGGAACUGCAUUCACCACAUGCUGAAGCAGCACCCUGAGGUGCAGGAGCGGGAGAUCGAGGAGCACAUCGCCACGCUGCUGCCGGCCAUCACGGCCACCUCCUCCAGGGCCAGCCCCAGCUCCUCUCUGGCUCUCAACGGACUCUCACCCGUUGCCACCAUGCAGGCGGUCAAGAUUGAGGAUCUUAGCAUCUACUCCUCCGGUGAUCUGGAUCAGCCCUUGGACUUCUCCAACAAGAGCCGAGGGGGAAGCGGGACAAGCAGCGGUGCAGGGAGCUUGGCCGGGUCCCCUGGAAUCAAACUGGAGACAGUCAGUUCUAUGGCCUAUGACUCCAUGGAACCCAUUGACCUGUCCCUCCCAAAGAACCCCAGCAAGAAGCUGAAGAGAGACAGUGCUGCUGUGGCCCCGUUGUGUGUGGAGCGCAGAGAGAUAAAGAAGGAGCUGCCCUCCCCGGGCGCUCUGGACCAUCUCGGCUUAGCCCUUCAGCUGGACAUGAGUGCUGAGGAGAAGCUGACGACUGUCCAGGGUGGCUGUUACCAGCUCCCCACAGGGACCCCGUCCUUGCUCCCUAUGAGCACCCCCAGCACCACAGGCCGUGCACUCCGUCUCAAGCCACUGCUGCCCAAACCUGCCUCGUCCUGCCCCUCAUCCUCCCAGAAAGAGAUUCCCCCUCUGGCUUCCAUCGCCCAGAUCAUCUCCUCCGUCUCGGGGGCUCCGGACCUUCUGAAGAGGGAGUCUGUGCCAGAUAACAAGGCGGCCAACGGCCUGCAGGGGGAGCCAGAGCGCCCGGCUGGGGGGGACAACAGCUCAGAAGCCUCCGUGGAAGAGCUCCCCCAAGAGGGCACACCGAGAAAGCGCACCAGGAAGAGGCCGGUGAACCAGGCCGCCAAGGACAAGGUGAUGACCCCCACCCGGGUGGCCAUGCCUGAACAGAACACCGGCAGCGGCAUUGACCUUGAGUCCAGUGGGGAGUUUGCGAGUGUAGAGAAGAUGCUCGCCACCACCGCCGCUAACAAGUUCAGCACGUACCUGCAGACGGGGGCGUCGGAGUUGAGAAGGAAGGAUGAGGGGAGGCGUAGCCCGGGAGAUGAGAAGGAAGAGAGGGAAUGCCCACCGCGGUCCGUCCCGCCCCAGUCCAAAGGCGGGAAGAAAAACGCCUACUCCAACUCUGUGCAGAAGAUGACCUGUCCCUUCUGUCCUCGGGUUUUUCCCUGGGCCAGCUCCCUGCAGAGGCAUAUGCUCACACACACAGUCUUCUCUAAUGUGCUGUCGGCUACAGGUCAGAAGCCUUUCCCUUGUCCCAAAUGUGAUGCCUUCUUCUCCACGAAGUCCAACUGUGAGCGCCACCUGCUUCGCAAGCAUGGUGUGACCAACCGUUCACUGCGGCGCAACGGCCAAAUGUCCAAAAACAAGGAGGGGGACGAAGGUUCGCACGAGAGCGCAGAGAGUUCUGAAAAUGAACAGACUGCAGGAGAGGCUCUGGACCUGAGCAACGUGGACCCUGAUCAGAAAGGCGCCACAUCUGAGUCACCCAGCGCAAACCAGCCAGCAGAGGACCAGCUUCCCCUGCAAGGCGAGACAGAACCCCAAAACCACGGCAACGUUGAAAAUGACGUUGAAGACGACGAUGGUGACGAUUCGCAGAGCAACAAGAGCCUGGACCUCAACUUUGCCAGCAAACUCAUUGACUUCAAGUUCCCGUCGGAAGGUGAGCAGCCUCAGACCACCCUGAGCGGUGAGAGGGCGGUGCCAGUGGCUGAGCCGGAGAGAGUCACCGCACUUUCGCAGUCGGACCAGGAGUCCUCCAAGUACACCUGCAAGAGGUGCAGGAAGAACUUCCGCUACCCUGCCACCCUGGCUCGCCAUGAGAAAGCGCACCUGUGCGAGAUCGCACCCCCUGAAGAGGCUUGUGGAACGGAGGGAGCCGGGCCUGGCGCGGUGGAGCUCCUUAAGACUACUGCAGCCACCACCGAGGAGGAGGAUGAGGAUGAGGAGGCUGAGAAGGAGGCACCCGAGAGCGAGGGGGCGGGCAGCAUGUUGGACAGCGGCUCAGAGGAGGAGAAGGAGAAGGAUGAGAGGAGCGAUGAUGAGGGGUGCUCGGCAGAACCAAAGAACGGGGAAGGAGAAGCGGGCAGGGGGUCAGGAAGCAAGGCGGAUAAGAGGAAGAAGAUCUGUAACGUGUGCAGCAAGCGCUUCUGGUCAUUGCAAGAUCUGACGAGACACAUGCGCUCACACACAGGCGAAAGGCCCUACAAGUGUCAGACGUGCGAACGCACCUUCACCCUGAAGCACAGUCUGGUGAGGCACCAACGCAUCCACCUGAAGCCACGGGGCAGUGAGGGGGCGGAGGCGCCGGCCGGCGACUCCGCUAGCGAUGAGGGCGAGUGCACGCCGACCAGCACCUGUCCCCCGUCAGAGAACGAGAGCGAGGGCACCGGAGGAGCCAGAGAGGAGGCAGCUGAGAAGGAGGCCCGGUCCGUGUCCACCACUGAAUCGACACGGUCAGAGUUGGCUCCGGAGGCCUCGGCUGAACCGCUCGUUCAUUCAGCCUCUGACCCGGCCUCGGAACCGGUCCCAGAAACUAUUCCCGACUCGUCUGUAGAAGGAGCCUCGGGCCGCACCUUGGAGACACCCGUAGAACUAGCCACUGAGGAAUCGGCCUCUGAAAUGGCCCGGGAAACGGACGGUGGUGCGGCCACUGAGCCAGGAACAGAAACCCCCAAAGAAUCGUCCACAGAGUCCCCCGCCUCUCCGCUCUCCGCCGCUGCCCCAGAGAAAGUCCCCGAGAGCCCCUCGGAAGGCUUCAUCCAGGGCCUAGUGGAAAUCCACACCAAGCCUUCUCUGGAGCACAUCCUGCCCGCUAGUGAGGCUCCCUUGGUGGGUGUGGAAUGAGGGAGGAUCCUGUUCCUCUGGCCCCAGUCUCUGGAUGUCUUUAUGCACUCUGUAUGUGCCAUGGUGCCAUAAGAUAGAAGUACCCUCAAAUAAUGCAAGACGAUGAAACCAAGAAGAAACACCCAGUUUCUGAGUGCCUUACUACUUCUAUUUUUUUUUUU